AUGGUUAAGAAGGGCCGUGCAGCUGGAGGUCAAGGUGGCACUCCAUUCGAGCUCCGCCGUGAUAAACCGAUAGAACAACUGGAUGUAUGGUACGGCGCAGGCCAUGGUUCUGAUGUUGACAAGUUUACUGUCCUGAAGGGCCUCCAAGUCAGAUGGGCUGGGGGUGAAUAUUCAGACGCUGUCGGGACUUGCCCUCCAGAUGAAGAGGAGAGAAUACUGCAUACCAGCUUUGACUUCGAACGGGGCGGAGAUGAUCCUCUUGAAUGGAUGGAUAUAUACGCAUCAACCGCACGUGUUGAUUCACUAAGAUUGGUGACUCAGGACGAGAGGGAUCACUUCGAGGCUGGAGGAACCGGCGGUGACAAACAGGUUCAGCCUGCUCAUGACGCGGAUAUUGAUCAGCUUGGGGCUAUCUUCAGUGAUUAG